ACUGCUGGGUGCGCCCCGGGUCCCGGUCGGACCCCUGAGGUCACUCUCCGUCCGCAGGCCACGCCGCCGGGUCAUGGGCCGUGCCGGGGAGUCGACCCAGCCGCCGCCCGAGGCCAGUCAGGUCUAGGUGUAUGAACUUCGAAGUAUACAGCAAAUCAUCUAGGAAGUUUCGAAAAUGUCAUCGCAAUCUGCAGCAGGGGUGCAUGAGAAGCCGAAGUCGCUUUGCACGCUCAUCUUGCAGUUCCUGUUCGGUCAUGUCGGUUUGUUUCUCCUGGUCUCUGCCGUGGCUGUGCUAGGAGCACUUGCCUUCAUGGAGCUGGAGAAGGAGAACGAACACCAUCGCUACUUAAUGAAGCAGAACAAGGCCAAAGAUCUGGCGGAUGCCUACAAUUACAUAUCGUCGUACCUUUGGCAUUACCAAGUCAAGCCCAACAUGACCUUCGAUAAGUGGCAGAAAGAGGUGAACAAGAAGCUGAAGGUUCUGGAGACGUUUGUCUCUGACGCCGUGACGACCUACAACUAUGACGGCACCGUGGAGGGCUGGAACUACGACUGGACUCUGUCCAAGUCACUGCUCUUCACCAUCAGUAUCAUGACUACCAUCGGCUACGGCCACAUCUUCCCCAGGACCUUCGGGGGACAGAUGUUCACCAUCGGAUACGCCAUGAUCGGGACGCCGCUGCUGCUCGUCUUCCUGGGCAGGAUCGGCUCCGGCAUGUCGGACUCCUUCCGCUACAUCUACAGUCGCUGCAUAUGCCGCUGGUGCCGCACCAGACGAUACCAGAACGAGGCGGGGAUGGGACAGCGCAGGAAGCGUCUCUGGGAGGACGAUGUUGGCAAAGAAGACUACAUGCCUACCGACCAGGUUCAAGUGCCGAUAGUCAUCACCAUGAUAAUGAUAGCGCUGUGCCUGAUCCUGGGCGCCGUUAUCUUCAGCAACUGGGAGGACUGGUCACUGAGCUCUGCCGGAUACUUCAGCUUCGUCACCUUGACCACGAUCGGCUUCGGCGACAUGGUGCCCGGAAACAGCUUUCUGGAUGACUCAAACAUGGCAACAUUCAAGAUGGGAGUUACGAUCAUCUACUGCCUUUUCGGUAUGUCGCUGAUCAGCAUGUGCAUCCAGAUGAUGCAGGACCAGAUCGUUGGCAAGGUGCGCUGGGUGGCCGAGGAAACCGGCCUGGUCGACUCCGAAGCCCGCCAACAGCAGCGGGUUCGAGCUCGCCGCACCAGAGCAGGUGCCGUUCCAGAGACGAAGGAAGAUCUGUUCGGUUACCGACCUCUGAGUAGUGAGAACCGUCGGCGGCGACGGCAGAAGAAGGAUAAGAAUGGCGAUAAGGAUGAGCGAAAGGAGAAGGAAAGAAGAGAGGGAGAGGAGAAGAAGGACAGAGAAGAAGAUGCCGAAGAGAAGAGAGAUGGAGGGGCUGAACAGGAGCCCAAGAGUGAUGGAAAGGCGAAGGGUGGACAGCCAGAUGAGGCGCUUAGUGAUGAAGAGGAUAUGCUCUUCAACAUGGCAUAACUGGCCCGUAAAGAUAGACCAAGUUCUUCACAGAGACCUAUUGUCAUGCUAAAGAACAAUUAUUGUUAGUUGCCUUCUUUAUCCAAGUGUCUUUAGUCUCGGUACUGAACACUUUCCGUCUUUGUUCAGGAUUCUAGAAUGCAUAAAGAGCAAAAAGCCUAUGCGUAUCAUAGCCUUACGUUUUGAUGUAGAAAUAGCAUUUAAAUGUUUUUGAAUUUGAUCUUACUAGACAAUAAAAUUAGUCGUUAUUAAGUGAUUAAUUGAUUCGGAAAUAUCACUUCACCGGAUUUGGAGUGGCAUUCAGUUCCACAGAAAAUACCCAAAUGAUCCCACGGAUAACGACUUCUGCUAGCCAUUGACAACGAUUCAGAUCACGCCAAUCGUGUGUUUCAUCUUCGUAGAUAUUUAUUGUGUAACGAUACCACGUAUGUGAUAAUAUGUCUGUAUUUAUUCUGCAAUGAAGGCUAGUCAUUCGUCUCCAAAUGGCAAGGAGCGGUCUGGGUCGAUCCAUUCAUUCACGAAGAAUCCUGAACGACGAUAAGGGUUAAGGCCAUGCAUAGGAUGAGGGCGCCCUUGAGGAUAUCUUCGCCCAGGAUUCUUCUAAAUAUCGUACACGUGCCAAAGUGGCCACCGGGACGCUGCCUCGGACCCUUCCUUCUCUGUCUGAGGUGGCCUACCUUCGUGCCACGUGGAUUCACUCAGAACGCUUCUUGCCAUCGGAGGAUAUGUGUGAUCGGUGCACCACGAUAGCCAUGUGAUGGUGUUCUUCGCAGAGCAGGGUGUUUCGAUUAUAAAUGUGUUUGUUGGAUAACAAGAAAUAUACUCUAAACGUGGGUUGCAAA